AUGUUUGCCUCCAAGGUCGGACAGCGACAACGAGACCAACAUAAACUGCAGGAUGUAUUUGCCAUUCUCAUUGCGGCACACCAUCCAAAACUGAAGUUCCUCGGCGUCAGCUCGACCCAUGGCAAUGCUCCUCAAAUCCACACCACGAAUAACUCGAGUGCAGUCCUCAACGCCGUGGGCAGGACAGACGUCAAGGUGUAUCCUGGGUCGCUGAAGCCUUUCUGCCGAGAAGAAGUCGAGACGCCCGACAUCCACGGUCCCACCGGUCUGGGCGGUACGAGUCUUCUUCCACAACCAGCGGAAAAUAUCGUCAAGGAUGUGAACUUCCUCGUCGCCACUCGCGACGCUAUCAUGGCCGAGCCGCCUCAAACAGCGUGGUACGUGGCUACUGGGCCUUGCACGAACGCUGCCCUGCUCUUCUCGACCUAUCCCGAGGUCGCCCGCCACCUUGCCGGUGUGAGCAUCAUGGGUGGGGCAGUAGGGGGGGAUUUCUGCCCUCAGAUAUCGAAAGAGUUCGGCAAAACCCUGGGUCAGGGUGAGGGUUUUGGCAACGAGACUCCUUGGGCAGAAUUCAACAUCUACUGUGACCCCGAAGCCGCGGAAGCUGUCUUUUCGAAUCCCGUCAUAUCAGCGAAAACCACCCUCGUCACACUCGAUCUGACACAUCAAUGCCUCGCAACUAAAGAGAUCCGAGACCGGUUCUUAGGCUCCGAGAAGCCGAGUCAGCUGCGCCUCUUCCUCCACGAGAUUCUCGCCUUUUUUGCACAGAGUUAUGUCGAGUGGUUUGACGUGUAUGAGGGCCCUCCGUUGCAUGAUCCGCUUGCCAUUGCUGCGUUGUUUGGGUAUUCUAGCGGGAUAUACGAGGAUGAUGGCGAUCGAUACAAUGUCCGAGUUGUGACAGAUGGUGCACAUAGUCCACUUGAUUCAGUGAGAGGACAAGUGGGCAGGACUAUCGUCGAGAAGGCAGAGGCGGGGCCAGACGGUAUUGUUAAAGGCGUAAGAAUACCUAGGAAGUUGCACACGCAUGCGUUCUGGGAUGUCCUGGAGAAUUGCGCGAAGACUGCAGAUGAACGAAUAUCACCCUGA